AUGAGUGGCCUUCUCCACCUAGACGUGUCACAAAAUUCUAUAGAGGGAGAAGUUCCACUGGAUAUUGGAGAACUGAAAGCCAUUGUAGAUCUAUAUCUUUCUAGUAACCGCCUUUCGGGAAUGAUACCAAACAGUCUGGGUGAACUCCAAACCCUGGAGUCUCUUGACCUGUCAAACAAUUCAUUUUCAGGCCAAAUUCCAUUAUCCUUUGCCAACUUGAUAAGCUUAGAAUUCAUGGAUUUGUCUUUAAAUGCCUUGUCAGGUACUAUUCCUAAGUCUUUGGAAAAACUCUUGUACCUUAAAGCCAUCAAUGUUUCAUUUAAUGAUUUAGAAGGUGUAAUACCUAGUGGUGGUGUGUUUGCAAAUUCCACUUUGCAAUCAUUUCUUGGUAACAAAGGCCUAUGUGGAAUGCACAUAUUGGAUGUUCCUGCUUGUGCUGUCACUAAUCUUGGACAUCAAUCAAAGUUUAAGAAGCUUGUGCUAAAAAUUGUUAUUCCAGUGGUUACUUCAUCCUUUCUAAUAUCCUUGUUUGCUUCAAUUUGGAUAAUGAAACGACAAAAGAAAGGAAAGUCCAAAGACGUGGAAAAGGUACCGGAGAUCAAGACACAUCAAUUAGUAUCUUAUCACGAGAUUCAAAGAGCUACAAAUUAUUUUGAUGGAUCAAAUUUAAUUGGUGUGGGAGGUUCUGGCUCAGUGUACAAAGGUACAUUAUCUAGCGGAAUUGUGGUUGCAAUAAAGGUUCUAGAUUUGCAAAAUGAGGAAGUAUGCAAGAGGUUUGAUACUGAAUGUGAAGUGAUGAGAAAUGUUAGGCACAGAAAUCUUGUAUCGGUGAUUACUACUUGCUCUAGCGAAUACAUUAGAGCCUUUGUCCUGCAGUAUAUGCCAAAUGGGAGUCUUGAGAAUUGGUUGUACAAAGAAGAUUGCCACUUGAACCUUCUUCAAAGGGUUUCCAUAAUGUUUGAUGUGGCUGUGGCUGUUGAAUAUAUGCAUCAUAACCAUCAUACUCAUAUUGUUCAUUGCGAUCUAAAGCCUGCCAACGUUCUUUUGGAUGAAGAAAUGGUGGCACAUGUUGGUGAUUUUGGAAUCUCCAAAAUCUUAGCUGUAAGCAAGUCCAUGGCACAUACCGAGACAUUGGGCACUCUAGGAUAUAUUGCACCAGAAUAUGGCUCGGAAGGAAUAGUGUCCACUAGUGGCGAUGUCUACAGCUAUGGUAUCAUUCUAAUGGAGGUUUUGGCAACAAGAAGACCAACUGAUGCAGAGAUAUUCAACGAAAAUCUUGGCCUGAGGGAGUGGAUAAGGCGAGCAUUUCCAAGAACUAUCAUAGAAGUUGUGGAUGCCAAUCUUUUUCCUGAGGAAGAACAAAUCACUUCUAAAAGUGAAAUCUGCAUAAUUUCUUUUGUUAGGGAUAUUUACAUAAUCAAAUCACUUCAAGGACAAAUAGAAGUAACUCUCUAUACUACAUAUUGCUCGAUAAUCACGACUAGUUAUUAA